UAACGGUUAUUUUUCUUUUGUAUCUGUUCGUUUUAACGGCUUUUAUUUUAAUAAACACGGUUUAUGAUAUUUUUAGCACUCACGAAAUGAACAUUAAUAACCAGGACGCGUAAAUAAAGCUAGAACGGUUAGUACUCGGUUACCCGGAGGACAGAGCUAACUAGGUUAGCCUAAUGCUAAAUGUACACAAAGUGUAUCAGGUGGGAACUGGAUAUGUUUAAACGACUCGACAGUCAGGAUGUAAUGAUAGACUAGACCCACAAUCAGCAACAUACAAUAAUAAUAAUAAUAAUAAUAAUAUAUAAGCACUGCCAUAAUAGUUAUUCGCUGUAAAAUAGCGUCCGAGGAGAUUUAGGGAGGUAGGCAGCAGGAUGUCCGAGACUCUGCUCCUCAGCUUCCAGUCUCAGCUCUCCGGCGUGAUGGAGAACCUCCUGAGAUCGGUUCUGUUAGAGAUCACCAGGCUGGUGGAGAGCAGCUUCCUGGAGGAGGUCGGUCGUGGGAAACAGGAGGCAGAUGUUCUGAGAAGAAGACUUCAAAUCCUGGAGACCAAACUUUCCGAACGAGAGAGAGUGAGAAGAGUGAAGUGUGCAGAUUGUGGAAGAACUGGACUCUCCAAGAAGGUCACCGGUGGUAGAGAGUCCAGGACACAAGCUGGUGCAGAGGUGGUGUGUGUCACGAAGCAGGAAUGUGUCUCUGAAGCAGGAAGGAGAAACUGUGAGAAGAGAACUGUAACACCAGGCCAAGAGGCCACCACGACAAUCCCAGACUCUGAACCUAAGACUGCUGAAGUAUCUGCAGCUAUUGAAGUUGAAGGUGCCAUGAAGGAGGAGAUGACGGGCACUCCGGAGGUCCAGAUUUACUCAGCACCCUGUCAAACCGCAGAUCACAGGGUGUCCCAGGGCCACAGCGUCGGUCAGAGCACCUUACAUCCUGACCAUCGGCUUCCUCAGAGAGACAAACCGACCGGAAACCAGUCCUGCGCCUCUGCUGGUCAAGAUUCUGUAAAACAAAGGAUGCACUUAAAUAAUUCCGAGUCUAAAACUGAGCAUCCCGUGCACCCGUCUGCACCAUCUUUAGCUUCUCCGACUAGGAAUCAGGUGCCAAACGGUCCAGACUCGGUGCCCGUUAAACAGGAAGUCGUUGUGGUGCUCCCGCCCGAGUGGGGGGAGCCUGAGAGAGUGCGGUCAGGCACCGUGCCCGUACCCAGCAGAGUAAAUCAGGCACCUGAGGAGCUCCAGCGCAGAGAUCCUGUCCCCACCGGACCCUCCGAGGACAGACGUGUGGUGUAUCCUGGCUCCUGUGCUAAACAGACUCCAUCCUCUCAGAUCACAGCCGUAAAAAAAAAGCCCAAACCCCAAACCAUGCCCGUCUCGGGUCCCGUCGCACAGGGGCAUCCGUACCGCAAGAGCCCGCCCCUGCCGAAGCCCGCCCAGGCCCCUCAGCAGUUCCCCAGACCCUGCGCGGACGAGAGGACCCCACAGGCGCUCGGGUUCAGGACUCACGGGCACAUCGGCGGGCACCACGCGGCGAGGAUGCCGCGCAUCUGCAGCCACUGCGGUAAAGCCUUCGCGCAGCUGAGCCACCUGAAAGCUCACCAGCAGAUCCACACGGGCGAGAGACAGUUCUGCUGCAACCUGUGCGGCCGCAGCUUCACCAAGCUCAGCAACCUGAAGGCGCACCGCAGGGUCCACACGGGCGAGCGGCCCUACAUCUGCAUGCACUGCGGGAAGAGGUUCACGCAGAAGUGCAACCUCAAGAGACAUCAGAGGAUUCAUUCCGCACACACGUGACACGUGGUUUUGUAAAAGUGAAAGUUUUGUGUUUAUCUUGCUUUGUGUGUCGUGAACUUACUUUGUUUUGUAUUAAAAUGUGUAAGUGAAUCAUCCAGCUAUUUAAAAUAGCUCAGCCAAUAAAAAAAGAAGAAUUUUUUCCAGUUUUCUCUCAGCCUGAAUGUAGUCAAUCAGUCAGGACCUGUUUUUUGGCUAAAAUGUAAAGCGUCGCUGUGUGAUGAAAAACACGUAUCUCCAUCUGUGUGUUGAUUGUGGGUAUAAAUCUGUCUGUCCAUAGCAGCGAAUAUCAAAAUGACCAAUAA